AUGUUGCUUUCCAAUACACUCGCGGCGGCGGCGCUGCUUCUGCCUGCCGUCUCCGCAACUGAGCUCCUCGACGGUUAUGGCAGGGAGUCUUUCAGUCUCCCCUGCGGCUGGGGAUGCCGCUACGCCAUGCCUUCAAACCUCGACUGCCCCGAGUACGCGGGCAUGACGCCCGAGGAAAAGGCCGAGCAGUAUCCCUCAGCUGCCUGCAUGGCCAACGACACUUCUUACCUGACGUCCUUUGCCUGGUGCAUCAACUCGUAUUGCCCCAAGACCAUCAAGGCCUACAAGAUCCUCAAGUUCUGGGAGACGGACAUGAUCUACGGGCAGGAAGAGCCCGGAGUCGUGCUGCGGUACUCGUACACCGACGCUCUCAAGCUCGUCGACCCCAAGAAGCCCCCGAAGCCGAUGAACGCAACCAUCGAGACUGUCUUUAACCGCACCAUCUCGAUUAGCCCCGAGGAUUAUGAAGCCAACAUGAACGGUGUCAAGGGUUACAGGGCUGUUGGCAAGAACGAAUCCACGUACAGUCUCCUCGUCUUCCUCUCCGGAGUCGUCAUGCCCGUCGGCUUCUCUCUUCUCCGUCUGCUCCCCUUCCCGGCGAAGCUUCGAAGCCGCUUCUACGCAUUCUUUAUCGACCCUCCGGCCUGGGGACGCAAGCACAGCGUGCCAGUCCUGGGCCUCGGCUUCAUCCCCACCCGCGGGCAGAUGAUCUUCAUCACGUAUCUCAUCGGCAUCAACCUCGCCGCUUGCUUUGCUGGCUUCCCCCGCUACUCUCCCAACGCCAUCUUCCCCGACCGUAGAUAUGAGCUCAUGAGGCACAUGGGUAACCGAGCUGGUGCCAUUGCCUUUGCCAACAUCCCCCUUGUUAUCCUGUAUGGCGGCCGAAACAGCCUUCUUCUGUGGAUGACCAACUGGUCUCACUCGACCUUUCUCCUCCUCCAUCGCUGGGUUGCCACUAUCUGCACGCUCCAGGUCUGUCUGCACUCCCUCCUGUGGCUGCGCAUCAUGGUCGAGGCCCACAACCAUGCCCUGGCGGCCAAGCAGCCGUACUGGUACUGGGGCAUCAUCGGCACCCUGUCCUUCAGUCUGCUCAUCCCCCUGUCCGUCUACCACUUCCGGAAGAUCGCAUAUGAGGUGUUCCUGAUUGGGCACAUCUUCCUCGCCAUCAUGGCCGUUGUUGGUUCGUGGUACCACAUCUUGAAGCUGUACAACGGAACUGGCGGCUUCGACAUCUGGCUGUACAUUGCCAUCUCAAUCUGGAGUUUUGAUCGUUUCCUCCGCAUCGUCCGUGUUAGCAAGCACGGAAUCAAGAGGGCGUACGUCACCCGCAUUGACGACGAGUACAUCCGCGUCGACGUCCCUGGCGUUGACUGCCACGGCUACUGCUACGCCUACUUCCCUACCGUCUCCUGGCGCAUGUGGGAGAACCAUCCCUUCUCCGUCGUCGGCUGCAACCCUGGCCAUCCUCGGAACGACCCGCACUCCACCUCCCACUCUGACAGCGAGGGUCCCUCCUUGUCGUCUCCCACGUCCGUCACUGACGCCGCUGCCAAGGAGGCUGGCAUUGUCCAGAGGACCCGUACCGUUGCCACCCGAAACGGUCAGCAUGGUAUCACCUUCUUUGUGCGACCUCACUCUGGCCUUACCAAGCUGCUGGCAAAGAAGUGCGGUGUCGAGGCCGGCAUCCCUGUUCUUAUCGAGGGCACCUACGGCCACGAGGGCAAGACAUACCUCCAGGGCAACGACGGUCACUUUGCUCCCACACCCGAGUACCCCAACAUCCUCUGCAUCGCUGGUGGUGUCGGUGUCACAGCCGUUCUCCCGGCCCUCAACAGCUCCCUCUCCCUGUACGCUCCCAUGGGCACGACCAAGCUGUACUGGGGCAUCCGGGGUCGUGGGCUGGUGGACUCGAUCCAGAGCAUGAUGAUGGGUGUGGGCGAGGUGACGGACACGAAAUGGGGCCAUAUCGAGCCUCACAUCACUGUUGGUUCGCGCAUGAAUGUGAGACAGAUCCUCGAGGAGGAGCUGGAGCAUGCUGUCGGCGGAACCACUGUCGUGGCCUGUGGGCCGCUGGCCAUGGUUGACGAUGUCCGAUAUACCUGCGCCGCUCUGGCUCGCCAUGGAACCGUGGUCCGAUAUAUCGAGGAGGCCUGCACUUGGUAG